CAGUGAUAAACAAAUAAACAAUAACCAACCAAUACGAGAUCGAGUCUAACACGGAUCGCACGCGUAACGAGGUACCACCACCGAACUUGUUUCAAUAUUACUCAACAAACCAGGGGGAAAAAAACCCUUGCUUGACUCAACUUCACCGACCGAUCCAAUUGGAAGGAUAGCCCUGCAGCCAAAAGACAACGACCAAAAGAAAAAGAAGAGUCGACCCACUGGAAGGGAAAAAAAAGAGAGGACGACGAAAAAUGGCCGACAAUACGAAUGUCAAACCAAAGAUAACAUUGUACGUGGACGUUGUCAGUCCAUUUGCCUACCUUGGUUAUUAUAUGCUCAGAAACCAUCCGACCUUUUCCCCGUCUCGGGUGGAAAUAACCUACACCCCCAUCUUCCUGGGGGGGUUGAUGAAACAAUGUAACAACACCACCCCCAUCAGUAUCGCCAACAAAGGGGUCUACAUCGACAAGGAGAGACGCCGGUGGACCAGACAGUUCAACAUACCGAUGAGGACGGAAUUCCCCCCGGGGUUUCCAAUGUCCACGCCUACCCUGAACGUUCAAAGAUUUUUGACCGCGUUGAACUUGACGAGUCCCAAACAUUUGGUGACCGCUUUGGAUGUCUUGUAUGGUACUUUUUGGGCGCCACCCGACACCGACGCGACAGGAACAAAAGUUUGGGAGACUCAAGUCUUUGCCGGCCUCCUGAAAAAAGUCAUACCUUCGGAAAUCGUCGACGAUUGUUUGAACAAAAUGUCCACCAAACAAGUCAAGACGGAAUUGUCCUCUCGCACACAACAAGCUUACGAGGAUGGUGCUUUUGGGUUGCCUUGGUUCCAGUGCGAGACCGUCGACGGACAAAAGGAAGGGUUCUGGGGGUUCGAUCACAUGGGUCAGGUCGUCAGGUUUUUGGGUUUGAAUGAGACCAUACAGGAUGGGACGACGGGGGAGUUGAAACCUUUGUUGUAG